AUGAACUCGAAGCGCUCUCAACUAACAAAUAAGUAUGUUUGCGAAGAAAUUCUUUUUACAAGAGGAAGUUCUUAUGCUUCAUUCAUAUUGAGAAAACUUGGAACUAUCUUUAUGCUUGCCCAGGAAAACUACACAACAUCAAAGAAAUUAUUUUGUCUGUUUCACAAGAUGUCAACACAAUUUGUGACAUUCGAAAGCGGCAAGCGUCAUUUACUGUGGAUGGUCAAUAGCAACAAAAACGCAGCCGCGGGCGAGAAAGAUAUAAUGGAAAAUCAAAAAAACAAAAACGUUUUGCCAAAAAAGAAAUAA